UUGGUUUGUGUUUACAGCAGCACCGUUGCUGGCUAAUGUCCAUCGCUGUUAUGUCAAGCCUCUCUGGAAUAAAAAGCUUUUGUGAAAACAGGUAAUUUUGCUCAUUAAACUGCCAUUCAUGAGCACGUCUGGCUUGAUUUAGCAGUCAUGGAUGACAAGGCCUCAGUGGGGAAAUUAGCGUGUCCUCCGACUCCGUGUCCACCCUCAACAGUGAGGACUUUGUCCUGGUGUCCGGCCUGGGGGACGAGACCCCCUCCACUAAUAAUGGUAGCGAUGAUGAAAAGACAGGACUAAAGGUGAUUUCUGAGGAAGGUGUCAGCUUUAAGAUUGUGGGCAACGGCAGUGAGCAGCAGUUACAGCAGGAGAUGGAAGAUGUGCUGAUGGACCCUUCAGUAACUGAACUAGUGGGCGGACCGGACCAUCUGGGAGGGGUCAAGCAUGGCUAUCCCACUACAGCUGUGCCACUGCGGUCCGGACCAAUCCCCCCUAAACUUGAGAUAGUGCUGCCCAUUCAGGGAGCCCAGGAGAGUGAACUCAAUGAGAGAUCUUACAGGGAUGAGCCCUCUGACUUGAGUCCCGGGACCCCUGUCCCAGAUGAAGACAGCGUGGUGUUCAGUAAGCUGACGUAUUUAGGCUGUGCGUCAGUGAACGCCCCGCGCAGUGAGGUGGAGGCUCUGCGUAUGGUCAGCAUCCUCCGCAGCCAGUGCCAGAUGCCCCUGGAUGUCACCCUCUCUGUGCCCGGAGUCUCAGAGGGCACCGUCAGGCUGUUGGACCCUCAGACCAGCACUGAGAUUGCCAACUACCCCAUUUACAAGAUCCUCUUCUGUGUCCGCGGCCACGACGGCUCGCCCGAGAGCGACUGCUUCGCCUUUACCGAGAGCCACUACAACACUGAGAUCUUCCGCAUCCACGUCUUCCGCUGUGAGAUCCAGGAGGCGGUCAGUCGAAUACUCUAUAGCUUUGCCACAGCUUUCCGCCGAUCAGCCAAUAAAGCACCGCUCUCAGCCAAGGCUUCGCCAGACAGCGACGUCUUCACCUUCACCGUCAGCCUGGAGAUCAAAGAGGAUGAUGGGAAGGGCACAUUUAGUGCCGUGUCAAAGGACAAGGACAGACAGAGCUUCAAACUGCGGCCAGGCAUGGACAAAAAGAUUGUGAUUUACGUCCAGCAGACGUCCAACAAAGAGCUGGCCAUCGAGAGGUGUUUCGGUCUGCUCUUGAGCCCAGGGAAGAACGUAAAGAACAGUGAUAUGCACCUGCUUGACCUGGAAUCAAUGGGCAAGAGUUCUGAUGGGAAGUCUUACAUCAUCACAGGGAGCUGGAAUCCCAACACUCCUCAGUUUCAGGCCGUGAAUGAGGAGACGCCCAAAGAUAAGUUCAUGUACAUGACGACGGCGGUGGACCUGGUGAUCACGGAGGUGGAGGAGCCUGUGCGCUUCCUGCUGGAGACACGGGUUCGAGUGUGCUCACCCAACGAUAGACUCUUCUGGCCCUUCAGCAAACGCAGUUACACCGAGAGCUUCUAUCUCAAACUCAGGCCGAUGGAGAACAAGGAGAGGAAGAGCAACUCAGACACGCUAUAUGAAGUGGUGAGUUUAGAGAGCGAGACCGAGAGAGAGAGGAGGAAGACCACUGCGAGCCCUGGCAUCCAGUCAUGCGGCUCUCACAGCUCUACGGUGCCCUCACCUCCUGAGGAUGAUGAGGAGGAAGAUAAUGAUGAGCCGUUAUUAAGUGGAUCUGGAGACGUGUCGAAGGAAUGUGGUGAAAAAAUUCUGGAAACUUGGGGAGACUUACUGUCUAAAUGGCAUCUGAACCUGGCUGUGCGACCCAAACCGCUCCCGGCGCUGGUGCGCAGUGGUGUCCCAGAGGCCUUGAGAGGGGAGGUGUGGCAGCUACUGGCCGGAUGUCAUAACAAUGACCAUCUGGUGGAGGAGUACCGCACACUCAUCACUAAGGAAUCCCCACAGGACAGUGCCAUCACUCGUGACAUUAACCGUACGUUUCCUGCACACGACUACUUCAAAGAUACGGGUGGUGACGGACAGGACUCUCUCUAUAAGAUCUGUAAGGCAUAUUCUGUGUAUGAUGAAGAAAUCGGUUACUGUCAAGGCCAGUCUUUCCUUGCUGCUGUGCUGCUGCUACACAUGCCGGAGGAGCAGGCGUUCAGCGUGCUGGUCAAGAUCAUGUUUGAAUACGGUCUCAGGGAGCUCUUCAAGCAGAACUUCGAAGACCUGCACUGCAAGUUCUUCCAGCUGGAGAGACUCAUGCAGGAAUACAUUCCAGACCUGUACGCACACUUCCUGAACCUGGGUCUGGAAGCACACAUGUACGCCUCCCAGUGGUUCCUCACGCUCUUCACAGCCAAGUUCCCUCUUUACAUGGUCUUUCACAUCAUAGACCUUCUGCUGUGUGAGGGCAUCAGUGUCAUUUUCAAUGUGGCCCUUGCAUUAUUGAAGACAUCUAGAGAUGACCUGCUGCAGAUGGACUUUGAGGGCGCGCUGAAGUUCUUUCGAGUGCCGGUGCCCAAACGCUAUCGCUCUGAGGAGAACGCCAAGAAGCUCAUGGAGCUAGCAUGCAGCAUGAAGAUCAGUCAGAAGAAGCUGAAGAAGUACGAGAAGGAGUAUCACACUAUUCGAGAGCAGCAGGAACAGCAGGAGGCGCCCAUCGAGAGAUAUGAGGUAGAUUCAUCCUGCAUCUGUUUGGGCUUGUGUUCUCUUUUUACACAUCAGCAUUCAUGACUAUGUGCAUAUGAAUAUUUACAUGAUCCAUUAGAGUGAGCGUGCGUGCGUCUCCCCAUAUGCGUUGGCUAAGAUUUCGUUCUCCUUCACAAUCAGAGCUAGUUUUCUCCUCUGCGCUGAGCUGAAACUCAUUUUCCUCGGAGCCUUUCCUGUAUCUCCAGCUAUUAGCAUAUGUGCUUUGAGCUUCUAAUGAGCAGAGAUGUGAGACGAGGUCACCGCUGGGCUCAGAGAUGAUGAAAAUCUGGCCAGAUGGAUUCCUGAUAACAGCGGCCUGCCUGUCAACUGUUAGCCUGAGCUCAGCUCACGAGGAAUGACCUUAAUCAUUGAGGAACUGUCAGUCAGGGUUCAACAUCUACACACACACACACACACACACA